AUGGCCUCCUGUCUGGACUGGAUAUUAACAAAUGGCCACACGAAACGGCUCUGUACCGAUUUUGUCCCCGUGAAGCUCUGUGAAUGGGCAGCAUGUCGACCCCAAUGGAUUGAUGGCGAGACAAAACGCAAGUUGGAGGCCAGGAAACGUGCCUACAAGGCCCUCAUGAUCUUGAGAACAGCCGAAGCAAAAGCAACAUACAAAGCAAUCCAAGGUGAAUGUAAGCGUAUAAUGAAGUCAAGGAAAGUGGCGUACGAAGAAGGUCUGGUGCAAAAAGUUGACACCCAACCCAAUCGAUUUAAUUCAUUCCUGAAUAGAAAAAGUCGUGCAACCCCAGGCAUUCAAGGUUUCCACAAUACAGCUGGUGUGCUCCAAACAGAUGAGUUAUGUAUAGCUGAACUUUUAGCUGAACAAUACCCUACUGUCUGCUUGUCACCAACGCCCGACAGUGAAGACUUCGACAUCCCUGACCGAACUGAAAGCGGCACAAUAAUUGCCAUUGAAGAUGUUGAGAAUGCACUAAGUAGAUUGAUGCCUGCUAAGGCCGCUGGACCUGAUAUUCUGAAUCCAAGGGUUAUCUGUGAGCUUGCUUCUAUAAUCGCACCGAGCACCAGAGAACUGCAUCUUUGUACGCUAGCCACUGCUACAGUACCAGAUGACUGGAAGCAGAGUCUGAUGACUCCAAGCUACAAACGUGGCGACCGUUUUCUGUCCCAGAACUACCGACCAGUCAGCCUGACUUCGGUAUUUGUCAAAGUGCUGGAAAACUUCAUCUGGGCCAGCCACAAUCCUGACGAUAGAAUAACACGUUUUUGUCAAAGACAAAUCGUGCAUCACUAA